AAGCCCAAUUAAACUGUGGUAAGAGAGGAACUCUAGAAGACCAUGCGCUAGCUAGGGCUGAGGGAAAGCCUGAGGAAGGCCCAGUUGGAGGGGGCCCUCCCCGAGGCUGGGGCUCACGCCCCUGUGCAGCCCCCUGGUGGCAGAGCGGCUCCCCGCAUCGCCCAGGUCAGCCAGUGGGCAGUCGGUGGUCACAGGAAGUGCUGCUCCAGCCAUGGAGAGCCGCCACCAGUAGCCCAUCACACGGGCACACAGGAGUGGGGGCCCCUGGUGGCAGCCUUCCCGGUGCGAGCUGCUGCUGAUGGCCGGGCAUGCCGGCGCACAAAGGGGCAGGGUCAGUGCCGUGGGCACAGAGCACAUGGCGUCCCCAUCAGGAAGGCCACGGCCGCAUCAUGGGGAGAAGACCAUAGAGACUGGAGUGGGAGCGUGGCAAGCAGCAGGAGGCCCGCAGGGUGUGUGCUGACAGGGUCACUGGAAGCCGACCCUGGAUCACGCCAGAGCUGCAGGGUUGCUAGGAGGCUGCCCCUUCUCGCUCCGUGGCCAGAGUCCUCCCCAGGGGUCCUUGAGCCACAUGCUGACCUCACAGCAGGCUAGCCCCUGGCUCCUGCAGGUUCCUCUGGGGCCCUGCACCGGGAAACUUCUGCAUGGCACUCACAGGGAAGAAGGGCUUAAGGGAACACAUCCAUCAUUGCAUGGCGUGUGCUGGAGGGCGAAUCUGGAGCUGACAAGCUGUGAGUUGAUAACCAACAACAGCCCGCCCUGUGCCAGCCAGACACUUCUGCGACGUUAAGCUGUAGCUCAUAAGCCGCCUGACUCUUCGGAAGUUGCUCGGUGCUGUGUUCAGUGUACCCUUCCAGCAGCUCCCCAUGCUGUGUAGGGAGCUCUGUUUAAAAAACAAUUGGUUUGUCGAACAAACAAGGUGUGCCUAAGAAUCUCCUCCAAAGACUCUGACUUGGUUGUUCUAGAGUGGGACCCAGGAGUCUGCAAUUUUAAUCUGGAAAAUGUGAUGAUGGUGGUCCCUGAGACAGAAAUACUGGUCUGGAGCUGGACUGUAGGGACUAUGUCUUUUUCUCCAUCUUGUCCUCUAAUGCCCGGUGCACUGCCUGCUGGAAGAUUGGUAGUCAGCAGAUGUGGGCCAAGUGAAUGGCUGCCACCAGUGGCUGUGUGCUCUGGCACCUACAGAGAAGUGGAGCCCUGGAGGGGGCGGGGGGUGACGGGCCAUGUCUAAUGCCUCUCCUCAAAAUAUCCUUCUUUGUACCAUGCGUGGAACUUUGCUUGACUUGCAACUUUUGGCAGCUAAUGUUUUGUUUUGUUUUGUUUUUCAUUUUGAAUCAUUGAUUUUAAAUGGACAUUAGGCUAAUACCACUUUUCUUUAUUUUUAAUAGGGAGAAAGAACAAGAAACACAAAAAGAGGAACAUUUGAUGGAAGAAAAGAAAAAGAAAAAGCAGGAAGAAAAGAAAAAGAAGGAAGGUGCUCAGAAAAAGGCUGCUGAUCAAAAAACCAAAGUGCCAGAACCUACCAAGACCUGUUCAAGCCAGCCCCAACCUGCCGGCACCAGUACCAGUACUUCCACCAGCACCCUCUCCAGCGGCAGCAAUGGCAAACGUGCGUCUGCCGGCGGCCAGCAGCCAGCUGCCGCCCGUUACCUGCCUCGCGAGGUGCCUCCACGCUUCCGCCAGCAAGAACAGAAGCAGCUGUUAAAGAGAGGUCAGCCACUGCCCGCGGGGGCCCUGACCAGCGUGAGUCCCACCCAGGGUGCUGGGCCUGCAGGGCUGAGCCCGCCCCCACUGCCUGGAGCCGGAGCACAGCCGCACCCCAGCAAGCCCCAGCCAGAUCUCGGUCACAGUGGCCCAGCGGAGCAUUAUGAGAGUUCCCACUGGGGGCAGCAGCCCACUUACCGGAGCGAGGCCAGCUGCAGCUGGGAGAAGACGCUGAGCGACAGGACGGACGCGGGGGCCUGGCCUUCCAUCACGGGAGCAGAGACGGAAUCCGCCUCAGAAUGUACCACAGACACUGACUCUGCCUCCAGCUGUGGCUCAGAGAACAGUAGCAUGGCUACGGGGAGCGCCCAGGGCAGCUCCACUGCACCGGCCAAGAAGGCGAGCGGCAGUAAUGGCUCCAACGGCACACUGGUCCCAAACCCGCCUGCUCAGAGUGCCCUUGGGGCGGGGGGAGCGAGCAGUAACGGAGCUGCCGCCAGAGUGUGGGGCGUAGCCGCCAGCGCCGGCCCGGGCCUGGCUCACUGCUCCCUCGGCGGCGGGGAUGGGAAAAUGGACAACAUGAUCGGAGAUGGGAGGAGUCAGAACUGCUGGGGUGCCUCCAACUCCAACGCUGGCAUUAAUCUUAACCUUAAUCCUAACGCCAACCCAGCUGCCUGGCCUGUACUCGGACACGAAGGAACUGUGGGGACAGGCAACCCUUCCAGUAUUUGCAGUCCGGUCAGUGCCAUAGGUCAGAACAUGGGCACCCAGAAUGGGAACCCCGCGGGCACUUUAGGUGCGUGGGGAAACUUGCUGCCGCAAGAGAGCACAGGACCACAGACGUCCACUUCCCAGAAUGUGUCUUUCAGCGCACAACCUCAGAACCUUAACACUGACGGGCCAAACAACACUAACCCCCUGAGCCCUUCUCCCAGCCCUCUCAACGCAGUGCAGACGAACGGACUGCCGAACUGGGGCAUGGCUGUUGGCAUGGGGGCCAUCAUCCCGCCCCACCUGCAAGGCCUUCCUGGUGCUAACGGAUCGUCAGUUUCUCAAGUCGGCGGGGGUGGCGGCGAAGGAAUCGGCAGUUCUGUGUGGGGACUGUCCCCAGGUAACCCGGCCACAGGAAACAGCGGUUCCGGGUUCAGUCAGGGGAAUGGCGACACUGUGAACUCAGCAUUAAGUGCUAAGCAGAACGGCUCCAGCAGUGCUGUGCAGAAGGAGGGGAAUGGAGGGAACAACGCGUGGGACUCAGGACCUCCCGCUGGUCCUGGCAUCCUCGCCUGGGGGCGGGGUGGGGGCAGCAGCGGUGUGGGCAACCUCCACUCGGGAGCUUGGGGCCACCCCAGCCGGAGCACCUCCAACGGGGUGAACGGAGACUGGGGGAAGGCCCCCAACCAGCAUUCCAGUAGCGACAUCAACGGGAAAGGAUCAACAGGGUGGGACAGUCCUAGCGCUGGCGGCCAGAAUCCUGCUGCGCAGCCUGGCAGCGAGCAUGUGAACUCUUGGGCCAAAGCUGCGUCCUCUGGAACGUCGGCCAGUGAAGGCAGCAGCGACGGUUCUGGCAGCCACCACGAAGGGAGCACUGGGAGGGAUGGAGAAGGCCGACGGCGAGACAAAGGGGUUCUCGAGCAAGGGCACCUCCAGUUGCCAAGGAGCGACCUGGACCCAAGAGUUCUGUCCAACACUGGUUGGGGACAGACUCCAGUGAAGCAAAACACUGCCUGGGAAUUUGAAGAGUCCCCCAGGUCUGAGCGCAAGAACGACAAUGGGACAGAGGCCUGGGGGUGUGCAGCUACUCAGCCUUCACACUCAGGGGGGAAGAACGAUGGGUCCAGCGUGAACAGUACAAAUACCUCUUCAGUAUCGGGGUGGGUCAGCUCACCGCCUGCUGCUGCGCCAGCGCACGCCGGCUGGGGAGACAGCAGCCACAAAGCGCCAAAUGGCCCCGGGGUUUGGGGGGAGGCGAUAAGCUCUACUGCUGUUAAUAAUGCUGCUGCUGCCAAGAGUGGCCACGCUUGGAGCGGGACCGUAAAUCAGGAGGACAAGUCCCCCACCUGGGCUGAGCCUCAGAAACCCAGAUCUCAGAACUGGGGAGAUGGACACAAGCCGAACCCAGCCUGGAGCGCAGGAGGGGGAGACUGGGCGGAUUCGUCCUCGGUCCUCGGACACCUGGGGGAGGGGAAGAAGAAUGCCUCCGGCUGGGAUGCUGACAGUAGUCGGGCAGGGUCUGGUUGGAACGAGGCUCCGAGGUCGGGGACCGGUGGCUGGGGCAAUGGCACAAACGCGAAGGUGAAUCCAGGGACAAGCUGGGGAGAGUCUCUGAAGCCCGGCCCCCAACAGAACUGGGCGAGCAAACCCCCAGACAGCAGCUCGAGUAACUGGGGAGGAGCCGCUUCCGUGAAACAGACAGGAACAGGGUGGAUCGGGGGGCCGGUCCCCGUCAAGCCGAAGGACACCAGCGAGGCCACGGGCUGGGAGGAGCCUUCCCCGCCCUCCAUCCGACGCAAAAUGGAAAUCGAUGACGGUACCUCAGCUUGGGGCGACCCGAGCAACUACAACAAUAAAACUGUAAACAUGUGGGACAGAAACAACCCGGGCAUCCAGAGCAGCGCCUCGGCCGGCGCCACCGCCACCGCCACGAGUGACAGCGCGAGCACGGCCGAGGCGCCCCCGGCACACCAGGCCAGCGCCCAGCUCAGCCGAUCGCCACUGCUCGGCCCAGUUUCGUCGGGCUGGGGAGAAAUGCCUAACGUUCAUUCGAAGGCUGAAAACUCUUGGGGGGAGUCAUCAUCCCCGUCCACCCUGGUUGAUAAUGGCACAGCAGCAUGGGGCAAGCCACCCAGCAGCGGCAGCGGAUGGGGGGACCAGCCCACCGAGCCGGCGCUGACAUUCGGGAGGGCCAGCGCCCCCGCUGCCGCCCCAGCCCUGUGCAAACCAGCUUCAAAAUCUAUGCAAGAAGGCUGGGGCAGCGGCGGGGACGACGCGAACCUCGGCGCCAGUCAGUGGGAGGACGAGGACGGGGGCAUGUGGAACAAUGCGGCUUCGCAGGAGAGCCCCUCUUCCUGCAGCUCUUGGGGGAACGCUCCCAAGAAAGGGCUCCAGAAGGGCAUGAAAACAUCUGGCAAGCAGGACGAGGCCUGGAUCAUGACCCGGCUGAUCAAACAACUCACAGACAUGGGCUUCCCGAGAGAGCCGGCUGAAGAGGCCUUGAAGAGCAACAACAUGAAUCUCGAUCAGGCCAUGAGCGCUCUGCUGGAAAAGAAGGUGGACGUGGACAAGCGUGGACUGGGAGUGACCGACUACAACGGGAUGGUCACCAAGCCCCUUGGCUGCCGCCCACCGAUCUCCAAAGAGUCUUCCGUGGACCGCCCCACCUUCCUUGACAAGCUCACGCUUUCUUUCCCCAAUCAGGAUGGCGGCCUCGUGGAAGAGCCCACGACUUCACCAUUUUUGCCUUCACCAAGCCUGAAGCCCCCCCUUUCCAACAGUGCACUCCCCAGCCAGGCCCUGGGCGGGAUUGCCUCAGGGCUGGGCAUGCAAAACUUGAAUUCUGCUAGACAGACACCGAGUGGCAAUCUGGGCAUGUUUGGCAGCAGCGGAGCAGCGCCCGCCAGGACCAUGCAGCAGCCGCCGCAGCCGCCCGUGCCGCCCCUGAGCUCCUCCCAGCCCAGUCUCCGUGCUCAAGUGCCUCAGUUUCUAUCCCCUCAGGUUCAAGCACAGCUUUUGCAGUUUGCAGCAAAAAACAUUGGUCUCAACCCUGCACUAUUAACCUCGCCAAUUAAUCCUCAGCAUAUGACGAUGUUGAACCAGCUCUAUCAGCUGCAGCUGGCAUACCAACGUUUACAGAUCCAGCAGCAGAUGCUACAGGCCCAGCGGAACGUUUCCGGACCCAUGAGACAACAGGAGCAGCAAGUUGCGCGCACAAUCACUAACCUGCAGCAGCAGAUCCAGCAGCACCAGCGCCAGCUGGCCCAGGCCCUGCUCGUGAAGCCGCCGCCCCCGCCGCACCUGUCUCUGCACCCCUCUGCAGGCAAAUCGGCCCUGGACAGCUUCCCCCCCCACCCCCAGGCCCCCGGCCUCCCUGAGCUGCAGACCAAAGAGCAGCAGUCUUCACCCAGCACCUUCGCCCCCUACCCUCUCGCUGGACUGAACCCAAACAUGAAUGUCAGCAGCAUGGACAUGACUGGUGGUUUAUCGGUGAAGGACCCGUCUCAGUCCCAGUCACGCCUCCCUCAGUGGACUCACCCCAACCCGAUGGAUAACUUACCCGGUGCUGCUUCUCCGCUCGACCAGAACCCCAGCAAGCAUGGUGCUAUCCCUGGAGGUCUGAGCAUCGGACCACCAGCCAAGUCCUCCAUUGACGACUCCUAUGGCCGGUACGAUUUAAUCCAGAGCAGCGAGUCACCAGCCAGCCCUCCUGUAGCUGUUCCCCAUAGCUGGUCACGUGCCAAAUCCGACAGUGAUAAAAUCUCAAACGGCUCCAGCAUCAACUGGCCCCCAGAAUUCCAUCCUGGUGUUCCCUGGAAAGGACUUCAGAACAUAGAUCCGGAGAAUGACCCCGACGUCACUCCUGGAAGUGUCCCCACCGGGCCCACCAUCAACACCACCAUACAGGAUGUCAACCGCUACCUCCUCAAGAGUGGAGGGUCCUCCCCGCCGUCAUCUCAGAACGCCGCGCUGCCUCCCUCGAGUGCCUGGCCGCUCGCUGCCUCCGGCCACAGUCGCGCUUUCAGCAGCCUUGCGCCCGCUCCUACUGUUGCAGGUAAGCUGUCAGACAUCAAAUCGACGUGGUCCUCUGGCUCUGCCUCCCACACGCAAGCCUCUCUGUCUCACGAACUGUGGAAGGUGCCCAGAAACACUACUGCACCCACAAGGCCCCCGCCAGGGCUAACCAACCCCAAGCCUUCCUCUGCCUGGGGAGCCAGUCCCCUCGGCUGGACCAGCUCUUACUCCUCGGGUUCCGCCUGGAGUACCGACGCCUCAGGAAGGACAAGCAGCUGGCUCGUUCUCCGCAACCUCACACCCCAGAUCGACGGCUCCACCCUGCGGACGCUGUGCCUGCAGCACGGGCCCCUCAUCACGUUCCACCUGAACCUGACGCAGGGCAACGCCGUGGUCCGCUACAGCUCCAAGGAGGAGGCCGCCAAGGCCCAGAAGUCCCUGCACAUGUGUGUUCUGGGAAACACUACCAUCUUGGCCGAGUUCGCUGGCGAAGAAGAAGUGAACCGUUUCUUAGCCCAAGGCCAAGCCCUGCCACCCACCUCCAGCUGGCAGCCCAGCCCAGGGACCAGCCAGACGCGGCUGGGCACCUCGGGCAGCGCCCACGGCCUGGUGCGGAGUGACGCUGGCCACUGGAAUGCCCCGGGGCUGGCCGGCAAAGGGAGCAGCGACCUGCUGUGGGGCGGGGUCCCCCAGUACUCGAGCAGCCUGUGGGGCCCCCCCAGCAGUGACGACGGCAGGGUCAUCGGAAGCCCCACCCCGCUGAACACGCUGCUCCCUGGCGACCUUCUCAGUGGGGAGUCCAUCUAGCCCCGGGGGGCCCCGCGGGUGCCGCGGUCACCAGCUGCAGGAGGACACGCUGACCCUUUCCAGCCCGGGUGUUGCUGAGGACCCCGCCGACCGGAGCCGCCCGGCAGCCCUUUCGAGUACCUCUGUCCAGUACUGAAGACGAGCCUUGGCCACACGCAGGCCUUGCGAACUGUCCCCGAGACAGUGCGGCUGCGCCAGGGCAGCGUCACGUGUCACGACAGGAUGCUUCUCACAGCUUUUUAUUUGGUGUCGUCUUACGUUUGUACGGUGUGUUGUCAUUUUGAUUUUUUUUUUUUUUUAAGUAUAAAAGCUGCUUAGAAUAGUUCUAUCAUGAAGGGCACUUUUCAGAUUGUGGGCUGGAAAGGGUUAUUUUAUCAAGGGAGGGAGGGGUGGGGAGGGAGGGAGGGAGACGAGAAAGCCUAUUUAAAAACGAGCCUGUGACGAUUAUGCACAUUACCAGAGGCGGUCCCGUAAUCAGGGGGAGCUGGCGUCCGCCACCGGGACGCGGUCGGCGGCCCCGACUGGGAGCCGCGCAGAAGGAGCGGUCUGUGCUCUGCUCUCUGUCCCCACAGGUCCGCCUAUGCACAUUACCCUUGUUUCAUUACUUUUUCAUGUCAUUUUUUUUUAAUCCCCCAAAAAAAAUAUUUUUUAAAAGUUAAAAAAAAAGACAUAUCAAACAUGCAAAUACUUGAAUCCAGCAGGCCAAUAAUGAAAUGUGAACACUUUCUAAUUCUACACUUCCAGUUUGACAUCAGUACGCAGAAACAGGCUCUAGGAAACAUUUCUAAGUUGACAGCCUAUGUGUGUGUGUGUGUGUGUGUGUGUGUGUGUGUGUGUUGAAACAAGCGUGUGUGUGCGUGUGCGUGUGUGCCUGCGCGCUUUCUGUGUUCAUGUGUUAAGUGUGUGAGGGGUGUAACUGUGGGUUUUCCCUUUUAUUCAGUAUGUGCUUUUUUUUUUUUUUUUUUUUUUUGGCGCAUUGGUCAAAUGUUUGUUGUUUAUUAUUAGCUUCUAACUUUGCACUGAGUGUCCCUGCCCUUCCUCUAGCUAAUCCUAUAUGUUCAAGAAAAUUCACAGGACAGGGCCGGUGACAAUUCAUGUGUAAAUGUUUACUCAAGGACUCUGUUAAUUGCGUUUAAAAAAAUUACAGUGUAUAUCUCUGGAGAAAUAAUAUGUAUACCUACCUUUAGCAGCUUUUUAUCGUGGACUAAUGCAAGAAAAUUAUUACCAGAGUAUUGCACCAUUUUUCCAUUUGGAAUAUAAAGUUAAAGAGAAAAAAGGAAAAAAAAAAAAAAAAACUCGCUGAACUGUGGCCAUAGAUCCUUGCAGAGGAUGGAUGGUUCCUCGAGAGGAGCGGAGACAAGCACUUGGGCGUGGGUUGUGACUGCUUUCGUCGGAGCCAGUGGUGAGGGCUCCCACCUGUUUACAGACUUUUUUUUUUUUUUCUCCUUCAGACUUUAAAAAUAAAAAAUUUUAAAAAGGAAUUUAAAGAAAAAAAGAAAAAAAAAAAAAAAAAGACUUCUGUCGUAAAGAAACCUAUUUUCAGAACGCAGAUCCGCUGCUUCAGAGCUCUGGGAUGGAACAGUGUUGCUUUCCCCUCCGGCCGUCGCCGUGGACUCGCCGACGGUCCCCUUCGUCGAGGCGACGAGCUGUGGUCACUGUCUUGCACACGCGGACGCGCGCUCAGGAAAACCAGGGUUCCCGAGGGACAGCUCCACACCAUUUCAUGUGUUUCGUCACCCAACUCCUAGCACUGAAGAUGUUAUUAAAAAAAAUAAUAAUACAAAAUAAAGGAAAAAAAAAUAAGAAAAAAGAGGAAAAAAAAAACCACAAAGAAGAAAGAUACCUAAUCUCUAACGUGUAGCAGUUACGUAUGUACCAAAUAAUGGACUCAAAGGAAAUAGAUGUUCGAAGAGUGCUUUAUAUAUUAAAAAUUGCUUUAUGUUUAAAAAAAAAAAUGAUCAAUGUUUUGUUUUGCAAGAAAGAGACAAUGGAGUAACAUACCCUCAAGUAUGUUUAAAAAAAAAAAUAUAUAUGAACAUGUGCUCCCUGCCUGCUUGAUCAGGAAACUUGUGCAUUACAUUUUUUUUUAAUUAGCUUUUUAAUGGUUUUAUCAAAACAAAACAAAAAAGCAAAAAACAAUUUAAAAAAAAGACAAAAAACGAAAAGAAAAAAAAAAGUUCCUGCAAAAUUGCAGAUCAACAAAAGCUGGUUUUAUAGAGGAUCAUGAACUAUGCACAAACUGGUUCGAGACUUUUUUCUCAAGUUCAGUAGUGUAUUUAGCUAAACAGACCUUCCUCAGAGUAAGCGCAUCUCAUUUGCCAUUACAUGCGCUCGGUAUAUUUGAUGUACACGUCCCCACACAUGUACACCAAAUAUACGUGCGUGCGUGCGUGCCCGUGUGCACCUAGACAUACAGCUUCCCAUGCUGCAUUUAGCAUCAAGUUGUAGAAAACUGAUAUUUUUAAAUUGGGGAUGGAAGUAAAGAAUCUCUCCGUUUUCGUUUUUUUGUUGUUGUUGGGGUGGGAUUUGUUGGGGUUUUGUUUUUUUUGUUUUUUGACCUUUUAUUUCGAAUUAAAGACGUCUGUAACUCUGAGAUUAAAAGACAAGUUUGUGGCUUUUAAUGUUUUUCCUCAUAGAAUGUGAUUGUUGAAGAAAAUGCACCGAAAGUUGCUUUCAAAAGUACAAUGCUUUGUUGAAUCUUAAUAAAUGGCAAUUCUUUUUUUCUUGGC